GUUGAUUCCUUGACACAAGCCUCGCAUUGAAGUCAUGGAUUGCAGCCAGUCAAGUACCGUCUCGUCUUGUGCCUUUGCUGACGAUGGGCAGAAGCAGAAGAGUGGUCAGCAGAGCGCCUUUAUGUCCUACCAAGGACAGUAUUUCGUGCCGGGUACGAAUUAUGUCGAGAGCAACAUGCACGUGCCGUAUGGUGAAGCACAUUCGUACCUCCAGGGCGACAACGGGUAUAAUGCGGCCACGAAUUACUACGAUGGCACUAGCUAUAAUUACCUCUACGCAUCAUCGAUAUCGGAUCUCCAUCCCCACUUCCAACCGGCGACAUACGUAAACGAGCCCUGGACCACCACCACGAUUGUGCCCCAAGGCGAAGAAGCAAAGGUGGAUCAUGCUUGGACCACCACGACGUCGACCAACUUUCAAAACCAAAUGCGAGAAGAGCAGGGCGCCUUCAGGAGCAUUAUUCCGCGCCAAGAAACUUCAUCUCCUGCCGGUGCUAAAAAUUUCCCCAAGCUUCAGGAGGGCGGGUCGUCUAGUAGCUCGUGCCGGAAUUAUACUAGUCCGCAGAAGCAGUUCCUUGAGGUGGAUUCUGCUCUCGUGCUCCGCGACGGUCUAGCGCUACCCGCAGCGACUGGUAGUUCCCAAGGCGUGACGGGACCAACGGACGGCAGCGUUGUCGGCGGAGAGGAUGAUCGUGCGGAGGUGUUACCUACGGAAACGCACGAGAAAACCGGGCGGGUGGAACCGCCCAAGUUUCUUCCCGAGCGGGAGCAGGAGAUUCACCUGGUGCAUUUUCGGAAGACGUACGCUGUCAUGGGGGAAAUCGUGCAGCGGACCCUGUUGUUUCGCAAACUUCGGAAGACGGCUAAGCGGGAGGGAGCGCUGCUGUCAAACACACCCCAAGACAUUACAGAGGCGACGGAGGUUGCCGGAAAGACAGAAGAAAGUAGCAACUCUUCCUCGGUGGUGCGACCUGAUUUGUCGUUCUACGACUUCGGUGCGGCACCAGGCGGCUUUUGUGCGCAGUUGUUAUCGCACACCGCGGAAGUUGGGCGAGGGUACGGAAUUUCGUUGCCCCCGUCGGAGGGCGGCUACCACAUGGUCUAUCACGAUCCGCGGCUAAAAAUCCUGCCCGCGAACAUUUUUGACAUCGAAGAUUCCUCGAAGUUGACGAACUUGCACGACGUCUGCAGCAACGGCAAUGAUGAGACCAAAUCCAAAACAAGAGCCAGUGCAGCCAGCCCACAGACGGAAUUGGAGCUGCAACAAGAGCAGCUAGAAUCUGUUCAUUCCCCUAAACGACCCCCGUCCGAAUCCACAGGCCAAGUGCCGCCGGAAGUAGUCCAGCCUUCCACCACACAGCACGAUGCUUUUGCGUUGGACGUCGAGCAAGAACCUCCCCUUCACGGACAGCAGCAAGAAGAACAUCAAGCACAGGACCACCGCCGGCCAUUCCCAGCGUUAGCGCGGAGCCAGUUCUUGGUGAACCUGAUUAACUGCGACAUGCAAGACCUCGCGAUGCAGCGCGACCAGACGCAA